AUGACACGAAAGUCUGCUGCUUACAUGCCCGGAAUAGGCUCAAAUAUUGCAACAAUUAGUCCAGUAAUGCUGCAAUUUCAGGAGAUGCUGGCUGAUGCAAUUUUCAUAUUUUUGGUGGCACUCGGGUUGUGCCAUGGAUGCAUGCAAGUAAGACCAGCAAAUCCUGCAAUUAUGCGAGCGCCUGGCGCUGUUCGAGGCGUUCUUCGUAACCCUGGCUUAACUCAACCACCCGUUGCAGCAACAGCAGUGCGUACAGCUCCCGUCGGUGCUUCAAUAGCCGCGUCUUUCACAAGUACCGGCAGUACCAUAACUGAACUACAAAGUAGUGCGGAUAGUACUACAGACGCAGUAAGCACAACAGAGGCGACUGAGUCAGAUGAAUCUGUGGAACCUAUUGCAUCAAGGCUGAAGUUGGUAGAACCAGUCGUACAGCAGCCAUCUAAGAAAGGAUGCGAGCAGCCACCUGAAACUAGCAGUUUGUUCGUCUCGGAUACUGUUGAUCAGUACAACGAUGUGAGCUUUGGCCCGCUCGGUGGCCCCGAUUCGGCACCCUAUGAAAGAUGCUAG